GCGCCUCUGCACCUUCCUCUCUGAGUCUGUUUCUGUCAGGGUGAAGAACGCAGACGAAGCAGAGCGGAACAGGAUGCAGGCUAUCAAAUGUGUGGUCGUGGGAGAUGGAGCUGUGGGAAAGACAUGUCUUCUCAUCAGCUACACAACCAAUGCCUUCCCUGGGGAGUACAUUCCUACUGUAUUUGACAACUACUCAGCUAAUGUGAUGGUCGACAGCAAGCCAGUCAACCUGGGCCUUUGGGAUACAGCUGGACAGGAAGACUACGACAGGCUCCGCCCACUCUCCUACCCACAGACGGAUGUUUUCCUGAUCUGUUUCUCCCUGGUGAGCCCAGCGUCCUACGAGAACGUCAGAGCUAAGUGGUACCCGGAGGUUCGCCACCACUGCCCCUCCACGCCCAUCAUCCUGGUGGGCACCAAGCUGGAUCUGAGGGACGAGAAGGAGACCAUUGAGAAGCUGAAGGAAAAAAAGCUUGCACCAAUCACCUAUCCUCAGGGCCUGGCUCUGGCAAAGGAGAUAGACGCAGUGAAGUACCUGGAGUGCUCGGCUUUGACCCAGCGUGGUCUGAAGACUGUGUUUGAUGAGGCCAUCCGCGCCGUGCUCUGCCCCCAGCCCACCAAGGUCAAGAAGAAGCCCUGCUCACUGCUGUAGAUGGUUCCUCCAGGACCAGAGAGAAGCCACAAAGAGAUUCAGACUGCUGAAUCCAGCUCAUGAGAAGAACAUUUGAAAAUAAUGUUGUAAUGUUUCUAAGAGAAAAAUACAACUAGAUUUCCACUAGUUUGAAAAAAAUAAUAAUGCUUUUGCUGUUAUAAUAAAACGGUACAAUACUUUCUGUACAGCAUAUUCUGAGACUGAAUUUUAAAGUGCAUUACAUACACAGCACCAGUUAGGAUUUCUCUGUUAAUUAUUCAACUAUACCAGAAUAAAUCACUAAAUGUGGAAGCAACACACUGUCCCACAGACUGUCACACACUUUACUGGACUGUAGAUUCACCCAGCCAGCUUUAACCAGUGUACCAAAAUUCCUGCACAUAUGUCACUGCCCUUUUUGGGGCCACUAGUAUAAGGCACACAAGGAGUCUUGUGCAGUUUCU